CCUGUCACACACAGCGUGCUCAGGCAGACGCCGCAAGUUCGUCCGGCAUGUGCGCUGCGGAGACGGGGGGUGUUUUCCACAGAGCCCGGGGCAGGACCCUGGACGCGUUUCCCGAAGAAAAGGAAAGGGAAUGGAAAGGCCCAUUCUACUUCAUCCAAGGCGCAGACCCACAGUUUGGGUUGAUGAAGGCCUGGUCCACUGGGGACUGUGACAGUGGCGGUGAUGAGUGGGAACAGGAGGUUCGUCUCACCGAGCAAGCUGUUGAGGCCAUCAACAAGAUGAACCCCAAACCCAAGUUCUUUGUCCUGUGCGGAGACCUCGUCCAUGCCAUGCCAGGGAUGCCCUGGCGGAAAGAGCAAACCGAGGAUCUGCGGAGGGUGCUGACGGCUGUCAACAGGGACAUCCCGCUGGUCUUCGUCAGCGGAAACCAUGACCUGGGCAACGCCCCCACGGCUGAGACUGUGGAGGAGUUCCGCCAGAUGUGGGGGGACGACUACUUCAGUUUCUGGGUUGGGGGAGUCCUGUUCCUGGUGCUCAACUCCCAGUUCUUGUUUGACGCCUCCCAGUGCCCCAUGCUGAAGCAGGCUCAGGACCGUUGGCUGGACCAGCAGCUGAGCAUCGCGGAGCAGCGGAGGUGCCAGCAUGCCAUCGUCUUCCAGCACAUCCCGCUGUUCCUGCAGAGCAUCGACGAGGACGACGACUACUUCAACCUCACCAAGGCUGUGCGGAAGGAGCUGGCAGACAAGUUCACCAGAGCAGGUAUCAGAGCUGUGUUCUCAGGCCACUACCACAGGAAUGCCGGAGGCACUUACCAGAACCUGGAUAUGGUGGUGUCGUCCGCCAUCGGGUGUCAGCUGGGCAGAGACAGCCAUGGGCUCCGUGUUGUGGUGGUCACUGCUGAGAACAUCGUUCACCGGUACUACGGCUUAGAUGAGCUGAGUGAGAACGGAAUUGGGGACGAUCUCUUGGAGCUGAUGAAAGAAAACUGAUUCUGCACGUGAUCCGCCCAGUUUUCACAUCCACGACUUCUCAUUUGGCCAAAAGCAGCAGCUGUGUGCAGCCCCUUGCUGAAGCACACAAGUAGAACAGGCAGGUUUGUGAAUAGAUCAAAAUGCUGGGUCCUGUCCUAAACUACGUUCAAGAAAGAACUGCCUUUCUAAAGGUCAGAGAGGGAGGCAGUGAAUAUCUAUUUUAAUUAUUAUGAUGUGAGGCUCAGCAUAAUGCUUGAGCAAAUUAUCUGAAUGGUAGUUUUCAGCUCAAGUCCAUUGUUUCUGACAGGGUAUGAUCAAUGUCCAGCUAUUCAUCUCAAUCCCAACUUGACACCCAAGUGUGACCUUUAGUAAUGCUUGAGCAAACUGCAUCUGAUUUUGUUAAAUUGUAGCCAUGACUCCCAGUAUGCUAGGCAAAGCUUGCUCCCUUCCUUUCUUUCCCAGGGCCACAUAGGCUGGUUUUAGCAAGAAGCUGAGUAGCCACUAUUUACAGUGAGUUCUGAAGCCCCUAUUGCGGUUAAGGCUAGCAUAGAAUGCAGGCGAUCCACAUCAGAACUUGAGAUUACCUUCCUUGGUGACAAAAAUCACCUUGGUACAUACAUAGGUUGUUCAUUACAGUCUCACGCAAAAGACCAAAGUGAGACAGCAUCCUGUGAAGUCAGUGCACAGCUCACAUGUCUGUCCCCGUGCACACUCUGCUGCCUCAGGCCGGGAUGGGAGUUAUUAUGAAGCCAUAGUGCCACCCCACUUACAAGCCUCUUAACUGCAUCUGCUUUGGUGGGAAAAGUGGGACCAAUGUGAACUUCUCAAGAGAGGCAAAGCAAGCACUUUGGAGGGCAAACGUACGCUGCCUUCAUUGGCACAGGUGCCGCCAGUGCCCAGUGCAUGUCCUUGAUGAGAGCGUGGCUUAUUUCAUGUCACUUUGUUUUCAUCAUGGCGUCCAUUCUGCCUUACCUUUUUAGCAGCUCCGACCACCACGGACUGCCCGCCACGUCAGCCGUUGUCCUGGUGAACGCGUGACCAGGUCCUGAUCCUUCUGGAGCAGUGCUUAACGGUACUGAGCAGUAGCAUCCAGGAAUCCCAAACCAACUAGUUACAGCCCCCAUAAGAUUAAAAAAAAAAAAAAUCUUACUAAAAAAAGUUUUAGGCAACAUAGAAAAACCAUGAAAAAUUAACUAGACAGAUAAUUGGAUGUGUAAGUUUCUAAAGUACAGAAGACACAAGAAGCGAAUUCUACUGCACACUGGUGACACUGGAGCUCACUGUCAGGUUGACGGAGAAAACUAAAGUUUUUCAGAACCAGAAGGCUCUUGUACUGUUUGCCGUGUUCUUCUUUCCUGUUCAUUUCUCCUUGCCACAUGCACGGAUGUGAACAGGUCAGAAGAUGAACUCAAUAAGGGACAUGACUAACUAGUCACUUGUUUGAGUCAUAGCAGGCUGUGGCAUUUGGACCCAAACACGCGGGUGGCCUCAACUCCGCAAUGGGGAAGUCUAGCGGGGGAGGUGAGGAGGGGGGUCAUGGGCUAAAGACGCUCUCUGGGUCAUGCUCUCUGUUGUGACCUUUGGCUUUGGGGAAGGAUAUGAGAACUCCGUGGAAAUGAAGCUAAGUCCGUCGCUAUCUUAAAAUUCCUUACAAAUAAAAGAAGUGAUUCAAAAUACCCCCAACAGUAUGCUGAGGAAAGCAA